AUGGCGGCAACACAUGUUGCUUCGAUUUACGAGCUUGUCGAUCUCAUCGCGCGCGAGCUUCGUGGCGCGUCCGGGGAUCGCGCUCUGGUGCCACUCGUCACUGUCUCGCGCUUCGUCGGUUCCGUUGCCCUAGACGUCCUUUGGGAGACGCAAGAAGACCUCGCGCCGUUGUUCUGCGUCCUGCGUCAUGUCGUGAUCCUCAACCCGGACAAGUGGACCAUCGACAUACCGACUCAGAACGGACCCGUUGAGCUCAAAACCAGGGUCAUCACAUCUACUAGGCUCCUUUGUCGAGGACCGCCUGAGUCGGCGAAACGCGUCAUCUCCACCAGAGGAUGGGCCAGGAUGCAACUCUACGCCGCUCGUAUCAAGAUCAUCGACAAUACACAGACCCCGGGACUUGUCAACGAAGGCGCUUUACCACUUACACUUGAUCCCAGACUCGCUCGGGCUGCCGCCCGAUACGGCGUCCUCCUGCCACGUUUGCACACAAUGCACAUACCCCUACGACUCGGAGCCUUCUUCUACCGGUUUCGACUUGGCGUCAACUCGGAUACAGGCGACCUCGGCAGUCCUAUGGUCUCUCUAUACCUUGCUGGACGACGGAAAUGCAUCGCAAAUCUCUAUCCUCUGACCAACGUUGUAUCUAUCGCCAUCGCCAUUGAUCGCCAACUCGCUCAUCUUGCUAUUCUUCGCGGGCUACCCGCGUUAGAGACCCUCUCGCUGCACGACGUCGAUUGCAUCAUCACCACGACCGAAGUCGCAGUAGCGCCUGGCUUCCGUGCUCUCAAGUAUCUCCGCAUUCGCGGUCCGUGGAACCUGUUCAAAACUGCGUUCCUGCUCCGCAAACUCUCCUCGCGACCACUUGCAUUGAAGGGCAUUAUCUUCUAUGGCUGGACCGAUUAUCGGGAUAGGCGCUCCAAGGAGGAGAAUGCCUGCGAUAUGCACGCUGCGAUACGCGAAGUAUGCGACCGGGAUACGCUCAAGAGGCUAGUCAUACCGACGCCGGCCGUUGGGCGCUGGGACGCCCGCAAGUGGCUUUCGGAUCUGCUUCCCUUCCCCAAUAUCGACAUGGUUGUCGUACGCGUCAUGAGCGUUCAUACGAAGCUCAAGACCCAAAGUAUCCUGGAGCUCAUGGGCGCGGCCUGGCCACAGCUCACCACCCUGAUCUUCAGAACCCCGCCGAUCGACAAGCACAAUCUCGACGCACCUCGUCCUCUCAGCGGAUAUCUAUCCUCUUUGGCUCCGCUUGCCACUCAUUUCCCCCGCUUGCGACUGGCAGAGUUCCAGGACCUGGAUACUACACAUGUCCCCCAGGCAUUGUCUGUCGAUGACGAAAGGCGCAUUUCUGGGCGCGACCUAUGGCUCUAUCUGCCGAUGAAUACGCGUAGACGAAACACCAUAGAGCUGAUCAACUGGUAUCUUGCAAGUCUUGUCCCUCUUAACACCCCUCUUCAUAUAGAUGCCUGGUGGGCGAUAUGGCAAACCAAACGGCGCAACGUCGAGGGGCAAUACUGUCUAAAGGAGCCCUCAAGCCCUCCAUCGCAGGGACUUAGAUGGAUAGAGGACUGGUGA